AUGGACAAAUAUUCAGAAAAUGAGUAUGAAUUUGCAUAUCGUCGUCAUUUGCGCAGGCGGGCUCCGGAACCAAACCGAUUAGAAAUAUUGAAGGCGAGUAUCAAGACUGUUAGCAAAGAAUACUGUGAGGAGUCAUCAAUUUGUGGUCUGAAGCACCUCGUUGACGAGAACACUCCGGUAAUUGAAAGGAUCAUUUGGAGCAUUACAAUAGUGGUUGGACUGAUUGGCUCCGUUUCGUUGGUGUGGGUGACCUUCAACAAGUACUAUAGUGCGCCCCUAGUCACCACGCAGACCCCUGAGGGUGUCUCCGUUAGCGAAAUCCUGUUUCCAGCUGUCGGAAUAUGCACGAACAACAGAAUAAGCAAGCGCGCUGCUACAGACCUUGCUAAGCGUUUACUAAAAGCAGAACGCAACAAAAAUUACACAGAGGAACAGAUGAUGUCCCUACUCUACGGCUUGGGCCAGUUAUAUUUGCUAGGCUCAGACAUUAAGAAAGAAUCGACCAUGGAAUUGCAUUACGCUUUAGGCGAAUAUGAUGUUCACACCCUCAUGCGCAGUUUAACACCGAAGUGCGAAAAUCUUUUGGUCAGCUGUAUGUGGGACACGACUCCGUUUCAUUGUCUGAAGUUGUUUGACUUUCGGCUCACUAUGAAUGGCUACUGCUGUACUUUCAACUACUUGAGACCCCACGACUCGACUUUCCAAGAUAAAACAAGCAACACGAGAACAAUAAAUAUGUACAGAUAUGGCAACAAAUCGUCGUUUGAUUUCGACCAGGGUCUUAAAGUUUUGUUACGCCUUAAUGAGAGUGACGAUUUCUUCUACAACAUACCUUUGCAAGGAGCGCAGUUGCAGUUCUCGGAUGCAUAUGACUUUCCUGACUCACCGAGUGGUAGCUUUGCUAUGCAGAUCAUAAGCCCCAGCGUAGAAAUGACGGUUAUGGUAACAGCGAGCAUAACAAUGGCUUCGAGAGAUAUUCAACACGUUCCAAUAAAAUUGAGGAAAUGUAGAUUCUACGACGAAUCCUCGUAUCUCCCAUUCUACACGUACAGCGAUUGCAUGCUAAAGUGCAGAAUGGAAUUUCUAUUGGACAAUUGCAACUGCACUCCGUUCAAUAUGCCGAAGGUGGAAUAUGUCAGGACGUGCAAUAUGAAGGAUGUGCCUUGUUUACAACAAUAUUAUGUGUGGGAGAGCCAUGCUUCGGCACGAAUGGGUCGGCUCGACCGGAGUGUUACCACGGCCUUACAGAAAACCGGCGUGAAACAACCACAGCGUUGUGUUUCGCCGUCCCAAUCCAUAUCAGUACGCCCCAACGUGGACAGUGUACCCGAAGAAUUAGAGUUGGACGCUGUGAACGGAGGAAUCUACUGUCCAAUGUGUUACCCGACCUGUUCUAAGACGGCGUACAGUUACGAUUUCCACAAUGUACUUAUAUAUCCAGAAUACCUCAAUGCUAUACCUAACCAUAAUCGAGAUCCUUGGCUAACAAUGUACUGUAUUGUUGUUAAGCACGUGAGAAGCACCUGUGUAGAAACGCUAGCAAACUGCUCAUGGAAUGGGGAGCCGUUCGAAUGCUGUGAGUACUUCAGACCGAUGGACACCGAGCUUGGAACUUGUUAUGCUAUUAAUACUUUGCAGGGAAGAGAGAAGAAUGCCCCUAAAUUGGAUAUGACGAGUAAUCGCACGACUGGUCCCGGAGCUAUCAGAUUCGAUGUUAUGGUGACAGCAAACAUUUACAUUCUGAAUGAGGAAGAGGUUCCAACACUAACUACUAUAGGAUCAGAUGUUCUCACUGUCGGACAAGAAAUAUUUCACAAGCGUUAUAUAACCAUACGCAACAUAGAAAAUGACGCAGGCGCCAGAUUGAUAUCGCCAGAGAAGAGGAAAUGUCGCUAUACAGAUGAAAACUUCUUGCAAGUGUACCACCAUUAUUCAUAUACAGCUUGUACAGUGCAGUGUAGAAAGGACGCUCAGCUAAAGCUUUGUAACUGUACGAAUUACUUCAUGCCGAAUGUUCCAGAGCAUCUUCGGUGUAAUGUGAGCGGUAUCAUCUGUUUGAACAGUCAUGUCCAUGAACUUUCGGUUUUAAAAGCGAGCUGGUCGUCUCGUCCUGGUUUGUCCUGCAACUGCCUCCCGUCAUGCACAGAGGCGGAGAUUUCAAUCACAAAGGAUUUUAAGUUCGUCACGACGGACAGCUAUGCCAGUGUUCAGAUUGAGCUGGCGGUUCUACCCAGUGAACGGUACAGGAGGAACGUGGUGCGAGGCGUUCUGGAUUUAGUAGUGUCAACUGGCGGUACUGGAGGUUUAUUCCUCGGAGCCAGCAUCCUUAGCUUCGUAGAACUUUUAUACAUAUUACUUAUUCGACCAUUCUGCGACAUUUACACGCAACGAGAUGACGACCCCUGGCACCGAAGGUUUGGUCUGCGACGCCUUCAAGAUAAUAAUUUUGUCCCAAAUUGGGGCUGGACUUAUAAUGGGAAGGCUGGAGAUAAGGAUACAUCUAAGGUUGAAGAACGAACACAAUGA